GCCCCGGAGCAGGGCGCUCGUCCCGGGACCGCCCAGGAGGACCCACGCUGAAACUUCGCGGCAACUUCCCGGCGCCCCGCCAUGGAGAGCAAAGAACCCCAGCUGAAAGGGAUCGUGACCCGGUUAUUCAGCCAGCAGGAAUUCUUCCUUCAGAUGCACCCGGACGGAACCAUCGACGGGACCAAGGACGAAAACAGCGACUACACCCUCUUCAACCUCAUUCCAGUGGGGCUUCGUGUGGUGGCCAUCCAAGGUGUGAAGGCCGGCCUCUAUGUGGCCAUGAAUGGCGAGGGGUACCUCUACAGCUCUGACAUCUUCACACCCGAGUGCAAAUUCAAGGAGUCCGUCUUCGAGAACUACUACGUCAUCUACUCCUCCACACUGUACCGGCAGCAGGAAUCGGGGCGAGCCUGGUUCCUGGGACUCAAUAAAGAAGGGCAGAUUAUGAAAGGCAACCGAGUGAAAAAGACCAAGCCGUCCUCACAUUUUGUACCCAAACCCAUAGAAGUGUGCAUGUACAGAGAGCCUUCCAUGCAUGAGAUUGGAGAGAAGCAAGGACGUUCGCGGAAGAGUUCGGGGACGCCCACCAUGAAUGGAGGCAAAGUGGUCAACCAGGACUCCACAUAGCCUGACCAAGUGCCCACCACCAACACCUUCUUCUUCCUCCUCCUCUUCCUCCUCCUCCUCUUCCUCCUCUCGGGCGACCCCUCUCUCCCUGCCACUUGCCCACCGCCCGUCCCCCACCCCAGCGAGACUGGAGCCAAGAUCCACGGGCGACUUCUCUCCGCGUAGGAUGGGGCAUCCCUGCCUCCUGCUCUGGGACAGAGUCCAGCGAACACAGACACCCACCCACACUCGCACACGCACACACGCCCCCCACCCCCACCCACCCCCGAGAGGGGAUGUAUACCCCGCUGAGUGCGUGGAGGCCCGGAGAACUUCAUUGAAUCUGGAUUCCAUCCGGACUCUCAUUUCCAUUUGAAGCUGCAAAACUCUGUGCUCCGGUUUACUUGGAUGGGGGGAAUGGGUCAA